AUGCAGACGGUGUUCGGUACUGAGGCUUUUGAGCCAAGGUACACCCUGGGCUUGGGGGAAACCACCUACCAACGCGCUCUGCACGGCCUGGUGAUUGAGGGCAACUACGAUACCCAGAUGGUCCCGGGCAUAGCCUCGGCUUGGGAAGUUUCUGAGGAUGGGUUCACCUGGAGCCUGACCAUACCCGCCGAUAGCGCGGCGACCUUCCACAACGGGGAGCCGGUAACCAUCAACGACGUUGAAUUCAGCUUCCAGCGUUACUUUGGCAAAGAGGCCGAAGACGAGGCAACCAGCACCGGCGCCAUCAACUGGUCCCGCUUGACGGAUAGAAUCGAAAUCACCGGGCCUGAGACCAUUGAGGUCACCCAUAACAAGCUCUCGUCGUCCUUCCCCUUCACCUAUUCCGCUCUGCAGUCCUCGUCCGACGGCGGCUCGAUCCUGCCCCAGAACUAUCAUGAAGAGGUGGGCGAGGAUGGCUACGCCGACGCUCCCAUCGGCGCCGGUCCCUUCCGGCUUGUUGAAUUCAAGCGGUCUGAGCAGUUGCUGUUCGAGCAAUUCCCGGACUACUACUACAACCCGGACAACGGUUUCCCCGAAGACCGGCGCAUGAAGUUCAAGACACUGGAUAUGCGGCUGGUGCCCGAGGAGUCCACCAGGGUUGCCGCCCUGAUCGCCGGAGAGGCCGACAUCGUUGAAGUGACCCUCCAGUCGAGGCCGAGGGUGGAGGCUGCCGGUGGUCGGUACGUCUGGAUUCAGGAAGGAUCCUACACCCAGGUACGCCCCAUUGGAUGUUGGAUACCGGGCCUUCCCUGUAACGACAAGCGGGUGCGCUAUGCCCUGGACUACGCCAUCGACAAGGAGCUGAUACGGGACAAUCUCUACGGCGGCACCGAAGGGGCCGGUCUGGCCGGCUUCGAGGCGGUGACCCCCAGCACCCUGGGCUACAGCCCGGAAUUGGACGCCACCCCCUACGACCCGGAUCGGGCCAGGGAGCUACUGGCCGCGGCCGGUUACCCCGGUGGCGAGGGUUAUCCUCCCUUCACCCUCUACACCUGGCAGGCCAGCGAUACGCCGUUCAUGGUGGAACACGCGGAGCUGAUAGCCCAGAUGUGGCAGGAUAAUCUGGGGCUCGACGUGACGGUGGAAGCGGGCCAGAACGUCAGUAUCCGGGAGCGGGUGCGCAACCGUGAACUGGAUGGCCACGUUUACUUCCGCAGCAACGAGGGCCGCUGGGACGGCGGCAGCCUGGUACGCAGCAUGCACUACCUGGACUCCAGCCUGCGCCAGUCGGAAGAUCCUGAGCUGGCCAGAAUAGCGGACGAAGGGCUAUCGGUUAUGGACCCGGCCCUGCGCCACGACGCCUACAACAAGAUGUACUUGGCGUCGUGGGAGGAACACUAUUCCUUCAGCACCACAUACACUAACCUGCCCCUCGGCUUGAGCAAGCGCAUCAAUACCUAUCAGCCCUGGCCCCUGGGACCGUAUCCCACAGCCCUGUGGACGGUGACCCUGAAUCAGUAG